AAACUCCAAAAAAAAGGAUGCUUGAGGAAACAGGCAACACAUUUUUAAAUUAUAGCCUUGCAUAGCUUUGAGUUGGGAUUUUUACAUUUUAUUUUCCCUAAGUGAGUUUAACUUGAGUUUGUUUUUGUUUUUUUUCCACAAAUGACCUCCCGGGUGCUCGGGGUCAUGGUCAUGCUUUUUGGCAUCCUGAAUGUGACCUCUCAUGAGGCGUUCAGGUGUCCGGAAAUCUGCUGCUGCACUGCCUUCAGCUUCCAGUGCAGCAAUUUCACUCAGCUGACCACCAAGAAUCAGACAUCAUUUGGGUCCAUACUGGAGGUCAGAUAUCUGGAUUUAAAGGAAGUUCCAUCCCAUGCCUUCUCAGGGCUGAGCGGCAUAAGAAAAAUUUUGGUCUCCUACAGUAAACACAUCACACAGAUACGGACGCGGGCCUUCUUCUUCAUCCGUGACCUGAAUGAAAUCAUUGUGGAAGGUCUGAAAAAUCUGAGGACAAUUGAAAAGGGUGCAUUCACCGAACUGCCCUAUCUGGAAUAUUUGCGCAUCUAUAACACUGGUUUGAUGCACCUGCCAGAUUUAUCUACUAUAUCCUUUGUGGGAAUCGUAUUCUUCCUAUCGAUAGAAGACAACAUGGCGAUCACAAGCGUCCCUGCCAACUCCUUCUGUGGUAUUUCAAAGAUGAUACUUGACAUAAACCUGGUCAGUUGUGGUAUCAAGGAAGUGAAUCCUUUUGCUUUCAAUGGAACUAACCUCAGAAGACUAGAUUUAAGUCACAACAGAUGUCUUAGAAAGCUUCCGGAGGAUGCAUUUAGGGGAGCCACUGGUCCAUUUUAUUUGGAUGUGUCCUCCACAGCUUUAAGCCUCCUCCCGCAGUCGGGGUUGCAGCAGGUAAAGCAACUGAAAGCCACAUCUGCUUUUGCUCUUAAGCGCCUUCCUCCACUGGACACCCUGGCUAAGCUGGAGAAAGCUGACAUCACGUACCCGAGCCACUGCUGUGCUUUCAACUCAUGGUACAUCAAACGCAGGGAAGAGGCCAUGAAGAAGCCAUUAUCACCUUUCUGCAAAACAAUCCAACGAUUACUGAAAGAGAGCAAAGGAUACCACCAUCAUCCAGAACUGCAAGAUCUUUGCCCCACAUACCCGGACUUCCGGUGCAUGCCACAGCCAGACGCUUUUAACCCCUGCGAGGACCUCCUUGGCCCCAACCUGGGCCGCUUCACGUGGACAAUCGCCAUUUUCACCGUCUCCGGUAACCUCUCCGUGCUCAUGCACAUGCUCGUUACCCGUCGCAAGCUCACCAUCUCCCAGUUCCUCAUAUGCAACCUCGCCCUGGCCGACUUAUGCAUGGGCUUCUACUUGAUGCUCAUUGCCUUCAAGGACUGCGACUCCCGCCUGGAGUACUACAACUACGCCACGGACUGGCAGACGGGCCCGGGGUGUGGCGUGGCGGGCUUCCUGACGAUGUUCUCCUGCGAGCUCUCGGUUUACACGCUCACCGUGAUCGGCGUGGAGCGCUGCUACACCAUCGUCAACGCCUUGGAUCUGAACAAGAGGCUGUGCAUGCACCACGUGGUCACCACCAUGUUGGCGGGCUGGGUCUUCUCCCUGCUGGUCGCCCUGCUCCCCCUAUUGGGGGUCAACAGCUACAGCAAGGUCAGCAUCUGCCUGCCCAUGGAUAUCGACACGUGGGCUUCUCAGGCCUACGUGGUCAUGGUCCUCUCUCUUAACGUCCUCGCCUUCCUGCUGGUGUGUUGCUGCUACGGCUGCAUCUACCAGAACGUCUGCAAGCCGGAGCCCGUCCAUCGCAGCAGUGACGCCAAGCUGGCCAAACGCAUGGCGGUGCUCAUUUUCACCGACUUCCUCUGCAAGGCGCCCAUAUCCUUCUUCGCAAUUUCCGCCAGCGUGCACAUGCCCCUUAUCACCGUGUCCCACGCCAAGAUAGUCUUAGUCAUUUUUCACCCCAUCAACUCUUUUUGCAACCCUUUCCUGUACACCAUCUUCACCAGGGGCUUCAGGAAGGAAACGGGCCGGCUGCUCCACCGUUGUGGCGGCGCCCUGACGGUGUUUAAAAGUCACCGGCCGCAGCUUCGAAGUGACCAGCGGGCCAAUAUCGCCAAGCCAGAGAGCAAAGUUUAGGCUGUGCUCGCACUGGUUGGUCACAAGCAUGGAGACUAUCGUACCGCUCAAGCAAGACAAGACUGCUUGGAGAGUAUGGCGUCACAUUAGUGCCAAAAAUCCAAGCGCAUAAAAACUGUUAUCGCGCGCUGAUUCUCCACUUUGUGCGAACGCGCGACACCCUUCGUCUCGGUCUGUGCGCUCUCUGUGUACUCCUGGCAUCUCUCCUCGCGCUGUCUGUUUCUUUUUGGCACUUUGGGGGCGGGUAUGCUUAGACGGCCCCUCCUUUCUGAUUGGCUCUGAGCAUUUUUCAUAUGACCAAUGAUUCUCCAGCGUAGCAACGUUGUAGCCAUCUUACCUCGGACAGCUAGCCUCAAUCAUUACAUUGAUGUCAAAGGUACAUGUACUAAUUAAAUUACCAUAACUCAUACUUGCCAACCCUCCCGGAUUUUCCGGGAGACUCCCGAAAUUCAGCGCCUCUCCCGAAAACCUCCCGGGACAAAUUGUCUCCCGAAAAUCUCCCGAAAUUCAGGCGGAGCUGGAGGCCACGCCCCCUCCAACUCCAUGCGGACCUGAGUGACAUGUUGACAGCCUGUUCACACGUCCGCUUUCCCACAAUAUAAACAGCUAAUGAUCGAGGGCGAGUUCUUGGUUUCUUAUGUGGGUUUAUUGUUAGGCAGUUUCAUUAACGUCCUCCUAGCGCAGUAACAACACACAACAACAGCAGUCAAGUUUUCGUCUACCGUAAAGCAGUUCGUCUGCCGUAAACAGCAAUGUUGUGACACUUUUAAACAGGACAAUACUGCCAUCUACUGUACAUGCAUAUGUGACCCACCCAUAAUGUGUCAUAUUUUUGUGUUGAUUUAUUUAUUUUAUUUUGUGGUUUGAAUUCGUUUUUGGAGCUGUCAUUACACAUUUAUCAGUAUUCACAUUGGUCAGUAGGGGGCAGUAGGGCGUUUCUUCCCAAUUGAAUGCUAUCACCUGCAGACCGGAAGUG